GAGUGUCGACUCGGUCGCCGGGGGACGGGCUUCUCUGGCUCGCUACCUCAACUGCCCUGGAGGAUUCGUGCGCGGUAAGCAGUUACGCACGGCUAAGCGAAAUAGGACCCUGGGACACCCAGAUGCCGUGAAGUCCUCCGGUUCGUUCCCAGGGACCUGGCGGGAAGGCACAGCGACUGACUGCUUUAUAAGGUACCGCUGAUGAAAUCAUGACCAGGUGGGCACGAGUUACUACCGCACAUAACAAGAGACCUUUGGCUGCAACAUCAUGGGAGGACAUGAAGAAGGGGUCCUUUGAGGGAGAGGGCCAAAAUCUACCAAAGAGUAAACAACUUGAAGCCAAAAGGCUCUCUGUUAAGAAUGAUGCUCCUCAAGCAAAACACAAAAAGAACAAAAAGAAAAAGGAGUACUUAAAUGAAGAUGUAAAUGGAUUCAUGGAAUACCUAAGACAAAACUCACAGAUGGUUCAUAAUGGAGAGAUGAUAGCAACAGACAAUGAGGAGGCAAGGGAAGAAAUUGCAGUUGCUUUAAAGAAAGAUAGUCGACGGGAAGGGAGAAGACUAAAAAGACAAGCAGCAAAGAAAAAUGCAAUGGUAUGUUUCCAUUGUAGAAAACCUGGCCAUGGGAUUGCAGAUUGCCCAGCUGCCCUUGAGAAUCAAGAUAUGGGCACUGGAAUAUGUUAUCGGUGUGGGUCCACAGAGCAUGAAAUAACCAAGUGCAAAGCCAAAGUAGACCCAGCUUUUGGUGAAUUUCCUUUUGCAAAAUGUUUUGUUUGCGGGGAAAUGGGGCAUCUGUCCAGAUCUUGUCCUGAUAAUCCCAAAGGACUCUAUGCUGAUGGUGGUUGCUGCAGACUCUGUGGCUCCGUGGAACAUUUUAAGAAAGAUUGCCCUGAGAGUAAGAAUUCAGAUCGAAUGGUCACAGUUGGUCGCUGGGCAAAGGGAAUGAGUGCAGACUAUGAAGAAAUUUUGGAUGUGCCUAAGCCACAGGAACCCAAGACAAAGAUACCUAAAGUUGUUAAUUUUUGAUAAUGAUUGGUACUAUCAUUAGUUACCACCUCAUUGUUAAACAUUCUGAACCGGGCGUACUUCACAAAUUGGAGCUGGGCUCCCUUGGAGACCUGUUUUAUAGAUACCAGUAUGAUCGGAGAAUGGUCACAUCGUUUCCUGAGUGCUGUCCAUUAAAGAGUGCUUCUAUCACUGGAGAAAGUCACUGAAGAAAAGUAGUUGUUAAAAUUGGAUUCUCUCAGCAUUUUUAACAGACAGAACUUAGGUAUAACUAAGUGGUUAUAUGCUUGAUUGUAACAAUCACCUUUCUUUUAAAAACCAUUCAUUAAUGUGCACCACCCCUAAACAAAGUAUAACUGCUUUGCAUUUGGAAUUGAAUUUUUGGUUAUAUUGUUUCCUUGGUUCAAAAUAACAAUUUAUUAUUAGGAAUUUAUAAAUUGCCACAAAAAUCUGUAUUUUUAAAAUAUUUAAUAAAAAUUCAUUUGCUAUUUAUUUUUCUGAAUACCUUGUUCUGGAUUGUACUAGCCAUUGUCUGUUUAUAUCUGUGUACAAACCCUUUGGAAACACCAUCUUUUGUGAAUUCUAGAUGAGAAUAAUUUUGGUUAAUAUUUGUUUUAGUUUUGACAUAAAGAAGUACAAAUUAUUGAUGUAAAAUAGAAGAAUACCUUAACACCAGCUCUUUGCUCUUCAUUUUCAAGAGAGAAAUUCUAGCCAAAAUUUAGUUUGGGGUAUUCAACAAGAAUGAUGUCACUUAACAAAGUGUAUAUUACACUUAAUAGCAUUUUGUUCACAUGUCUUAGAUGCGUCCAGGUGAGAUGCAAGUAUCACCAUAAUAGAACACUAAUCAGAGACCCAUUAGCUUCUUUGAUUUGAUGAAUACAUGCAUACUUAAUACAUAUAUUUCACAAGGCUUAGGGCUCCCAUUGUACUGUUUAAUGGAAAGACUAGUGGAUUGUGUGUUUCAUUUGGAAUUUUACCUGAUUGGAUACAUUUGUAACUAAAGGAAACAGCUGUGAUUAGUCACUGAUGCUUCAAAAGCAAAAUAUUUACCAAAUAAAAGAAACACUUUUCUCUGUUUUAAUGUCUGCGUAGCUCAACAGUUCUAGUCUUAAUAGGAGCUGUUCUUUUAUUUUUGGUAAGAGAGGAAAACACACCAGAAUACAGCUCAGCAUCCCAGAACUUAAGGAAAUGAGUGCCAUUUAAAAGAAGUCACACAAGUCGUGCAGCUGGAAAAGGACAGCAGUGCCGCCUUAGACAUUUAGUCCAAACAUGCCCAGAUUUA